AUGGCUCAAAGGAUCAAAACAAAGCCAAAGUCAAACUAUGAUCGGAAAGCAAAGCACCCGGACUAUGUCCAAUUUCGGUGCAAUGCCUAUGCUUUCAACAGCAUCAUUAGAGACAUAAAGGACAAGCUCAAUGAAAGGCAGAAGAAGCUUCUCAAGAAAACCCCUUUCUGGAACUUGAUCGAGCUGUUUUACCACCAGAGAAUUGACAUGAAUAACAUGAAUAAGUCGGACAUUGACUUAGCACAGCUGCUCAAGAAAUUUGAUCCGGAUACAAAGUCCUUCAAAUUUGGAACCAAAUCAUUCCAAAUCACAAGCAAUGCAGUGACUCAGAUUCUAGGACUGCCAAAUGAAGGCAAAUCUGUCAAACUUGUCAAUGAUAGGUACACUGCUACCUUCAGAACAAGGCACUUUGGAGAAAAGGGAAAACCUUCAAAAAACCAGAAAUUAUUUGAGCACUGUGUGAAUCUAGACACACUUUCAAGCUAUUCGUGGGCAAGAGCUGUUUCAGCCUACAUGAAUGAAUCCUUGACCGCAAAAGCAAAAGCAAAAGCAAAGAAGGGAGGAGAAGCCUCUAUAGGAGCUGUUUCGGGUUGCACUAUCCUAAUAUUGUUUCUACUGUGUGAGAGGACAAACAUCAUACAACCAAUCCUUGGCAAGGAGAAAGAAACUCCUGCCAUUCUUAAAUGGAGUCUUGUGGAACUCCACACAAGAUUCAACCAAAUAAAGGACUUGAAUGACAUCGAGGGUAUUUUCAAAACUCCUAAAAAGCGAAAAACUACCAGGGAAGAGGAAGACACUGUUGAGAAGGGUAUUUUGAAAACAUAUAAAAAGAGAAAAACUACCGGAGAAGAGGGAGACCCUCUUGACAAGGAAAAAGAAAAAGAAGAUGAUGAGGGAAAACCUGAUGAUGCAAUUCAAGACCUCUUGGUGAAGUCCAUGACAGACCAAAUCAACUACCGCCAACAACAAGAUCCUAGCUUCGUUUGCCCGGAAAGAUUACAACUGUGGAAGGAUGAAAAAAAUGAAGACAGUGAGAAGAAAAUGAAGGAAUUGUGGGAUAUAUUUAUCCAAGCAGAAAAGAGAUCAAAGGAGCUGGAAGUGGAGUUGGCAACAUACAUAGAGAAAUUAGAUAAUGAAGAAUGUGUGACUGCCACCAUGACAGUGGAAUCUACAGUUCAGCUUAAUGAAAUACAAAAUCUGAAAAGGAGGAUUGCAGAAUUGGAAGGCAAGGAAACUGGUAUUGACAUGGAGAAGAUUGCCAAGAAAAAGGAGAUUCAAGGAAAGUACAAGGCAGAAAUUGAAAGCUUGUUGUCAGACCCAACAAUCUUUGAAAUGGAGAUGGAUCUGCCAACACAACCAGUUGAAGAGAAAGAAGAAGAAAAGAAAGAAGAAGAGAAGCAACAAGAAGAGAGAGAAGAAGAAAAUAAAGAACAAGAGAAGCAACAAGAAGAGAGAGAAGAAGAGAAGAAGCAAGAUGCUCCAACACCUGAUGUUCCUUCAAGAGUACAAAGGGUGAAGAACAGAGAAAGAAAGAGGCUUCAAGCAUCUUGCUAUGUGUACGAAAAAAAUAAGAAAACAAAAAAGGAGGCAAAAAAGGAUGAUGAAGAACUACCACAAUUCAAGCUUAUCUCUUCCGAGGAGGUAUGCAAUUACUGCAGUUCAAGCUGCUGCUUUUUUCUAUUUUCUGCAUUGCAGAAACAGAAACUGCAAUGCAGUUUCCAUUCCCUGCAAUGCAGUGUGUUAUCUGCUUUACAGAAAUAGAAACUGCAAUGCAGUUUCCAUUUCC